AUGGUUUGGGCUCUCUUUCAACAUGGAUGGAGCGGCUUUCAACAUGGAUGGACGAAAGACACAAAUGACUCCGUCGGCAUCGACUGGAUCGACUGCUGGGUCGACCUGAAAAUGGUGACCAUGAUGGUUACUUUCUUCCUGGCCUUCUAUGUGAACCAGUGCUUCGGGAGAUACCAGCACAUCUGCGCGACCACGCAGAAAAUGUUCGGCUCGGCUCACGAUUUCAUCUACCAUGCCCGCCUGUUCAUACGAAAGCCAGGCAAGCCGUACGACCGCCUCUGCAGCCGCUGGCUAACUGCAGCCUCACUGCUCGGAGUGGCUCAGCUGGAGAGCCGCGCCCAGACAGAUCUGGACGAGCAGCAGUGGAAGUCCUUCGUCGCUUCCGGCUUAGUCAGGAAAACUGAGGUGGAGUUCCUACGCGGCCUGGGAGGCCUUGGGCGUCUCCUGGUGCUGACGCAGAUGGCGGGCGAGGUGGUCCGAGCCGGGCUCGAGGCAGAGGGAAAGGCGGACUCCACGACGGACACCGUCAUGACAGAAAUGGUGGACAGACUCCUGGUGUACAAGGAACACCACCAGGACUUGCUGGACCUUUCUGGCGUGCAGGUGCCGCUACACUACCAGCACCUGGUGACAGUCAUGGUCUUUGGCAACCUGCUGUUUCUGUCUUAUGGCAUGGCGCUGACAAAGUCCUGGCUGGCACCCUGCAUGUUCCUGCUCAUUUCCAUCAUCUUGAUCGGGAUGAUGGACGUGUCGGCGCGGCUGUGGAACCCAUUUGGCGCCGAAUCUACGGGCUUUGCCUUGCAGAUGUGGGCAGGAGAGUUCCUCGCCGGGGCGCGUGCAAUCCUGGACUACGAGCAUGACGGCGCGAAGGAGGGCUGGGCCCAUGAACUCCAGGAGGAGCACUACGCCAACAUCAACCUCCAAAAGGCACCCGAGGAAGUCCAACACCUCUUCGACGGCGUGGGGGAGGCCCCUGAGCAGGUGAGCGUGCACGCGGAGCCGGCCCCUGAAGCCGAUGCUCCUUAA